AAAAUAUCAGACCAACUAUAUAAUAAAGUAUAAUACAGUAACUGAUAUAUUAAAAUAAAGGGAUAAAAAAUUGUUCAUAUCAGAUUCACAUUCUUCUUCAACUCUGCUUCAAAUCUAUUAAUUUUUCCAAUGAAUUGCCUUCAGAAUCUUCCCAGAUCCUCUGGUUUACCACUGAGAAGCUUCACAGGCAAUUCAAGAAAGCCUUUUUCCACUGUUGUUUCACUGGGGAUGACAAAAUUUGCUGAUCAGCGUCUAAGUACUGUGGCACAGGUUGUAUCUGGUCCUGAAUCUAGUACAGAGAAGGAUGAGGAAAAAUCCGAAACAUACAGUCAUGACAUGACUGCAGCUAUGGGAGCUGUCUUGACUUAUAGGCAUGACUUAGGAAUGAACUACGACUUCAUCCGUCCGGAUUUGAUUGUUGGGUCAUGUCUACAGACUCCUGAGGAUGUGGACAAGCUUCGGAGCAUUGGAGUAAAAACUAUAUUUUGCUUGCAACAAAAUCCAGAUCUCGAAUACUUUGGGGUUGAUAUCAAUGCUAUUCGUGAAUAUGCCAACAAAUGUGGUGAUAUUGAACACUUGCGUGCCGAAAUAAGGGAUUUUGAUGCAUUUGAUUUGAGGUUGCGGCUUCCAGCUGUAAUAAGCAUACUGAACAAUGCCAUCAAUAGAAAUGGAGGUGUGACUUACAUACACUGCACAGCUGGACUUGGCAGAGCUCCCGCAGUUGCGUUGACAUAUAUGUUCUGGGUUCAAAGCUAUAAACUUAGUGAAGCUUUCGAUUUACUCAUGAGCAAACGCUCCUGCUUUCCGAAACUUGAUGCCAUCAAAAGUGCCACAGCAGACGUUCUUACAGGCCUUAAAAAGAUGCCCGUCACGUUGACAUGGCAUGGUGAUAAUUGUACUACAGUGGAAAUAUCUGGGCUUGAUAUUGGCUGGGGCGAGAGAACACCUUUAAAGUUUGACGAGGAUCAAGGUUUGUGGACUCUCCAGAAGGAUUUGCAUGAAGGAAAAUAUGAAUACAAGUACAUUGUUGACGGUGAAUGGAUAUGCAACGAGUUUGAGCCGAUCACUUCUCCCAACAAAGAUGGACAUGUCAACAACUAUGUAGAGGUUCUUGACGAAAAUCCAGACAACAUCACUAGUGCAGCAGUACGAAAGAGGCUCACCGGUGAUGACCCUGAUCUUACCUCAGACGAAAGGCUCAUAAUCGAACAAUUUCUCGAAGCUUAUGCAGACGUAGAAUGAAGGAAUACUUAUUACUUACUAUACACUUAAUAAUUGUAAGCAAAGCCAAUAAUCUGCUAUAUAACUCAUGCAGUUGUAAUCAGUAUGCAGUUUUACAUUUGGGUUUCUACUUCCUUGACGCUUCAUUAAAUCCG